AUGUCAUAAUACGAUGUAAAGCUAAAUAUGUCUAAAGUUGUUCUAGAAAAUGGCUAUUUAGAACAAAAGAGAGUGGAAAAAGUGAAUACUUAAUUAGGAUAUUAACCUAUUAACAUUAAAUUUGAUAAAUAAGACUCACCUUCUGGCAGCCAAGAGUCUGAAGAGUAUAAUAGGAUUCUUAAACAACAAAGAGAUUUAGAUUAGAAAUCAUAAUAGAUUUUAACGAAUUCUAUGAGAAUAUUCUCAGACUCGAGUAGUUUUGAUAAUUAUUUAAGAAAAUAAUCGUUUUGGGUUCAAAGUUAAACAAAAUAAAAUGAAGAGGAAAGGAAAAAAUCAUCAGUUAAUUUAGAACUUAAAAAGAAAAACUUUUUAUUUGGAUCAAGUUAGUAAGCUUAAGAGGGCGAUUUUUAGAACAUUAAUUUGCGUUCAUCAUCUAGAGAAGAUGAAAUUUAGUUAGUAACGAAUAUUGAAAUUGAGUAGAAGUCUAAUGUUAAUUAACAACAAGCGAAUAAAGAGAAAGAAUAGAAGCAAGAAGAUAGAAAAGAGGAUUAACCAAAAUUCGACUUUCACAAUAUCAAUACAAAGGUAUAGUCUAAGAAAAGAGAAAAUAUUACAAGCAAAUAAAUCGGUGAUUUACCUAGAGAUAUAGAGGAAAUAUUAAAGCUUCAAGCAGAUGAAUUAAACAAUGGAUUUUAUAAUUAGAACGAGAAAUUAGAAAGAAAUAAAAUUAAUCUUGUUUAAGGCGAUUUGAUAGAAGCUUAUUCUUUAGCUUACAUUUUUCCUGUAAAUAAUAUUUAGAAAAAUACUCAUAACGCUUGUUUUUUUAGAGACCUAGCUCCUAUUUCUCGUUUCCUAAUGAAAUAUUCAAAUUUACCUCAAUAUUCAGAGUUGAAGUAAUAAAAUAAGGGUGAUGAUGCCAGCAACUUUGAGCUUAUUUAAUACGAUGAAAUUUCUUUUCGCAUUAAUUCGUUGGAAUUCAAUAAUUUAGCUAAUAUUAUUAGUGGGCGUAUUGGAGAUGAGUCCAUUUCCAAGCUGGACACUACUAUUUCAAAUGUUUAAGAUUUCCCAGUUGACAUAUAAAAGAGAGUUGAAGAACUUGUUUAAGCUUAACUUGAAGCAAAGCUUAGUACCCUUUAGCUUACAAAUUAAUAAAACAGUAACAACAACAAUAACAAUUCAAAUUAAGAAUAAGAAUAAAAAAAGAAGUAAACAUAACAAUAAUAAACAUAAGAUAACUAAUAAUCUGGGCAAACUAAAGAAUAAAUUAAAAACUCUUUCAAAUAGAAAGCUUCACAAGAUCAGUAAGUGUAAAUUGAUUAACCUCUAAAUCAAGCAGCUACUACACCUAGAAGUUUUUUAGGAAUGAAUGAAAACUAAAUUUAAAGAUUAAGUCCUGAACAAUAAAAAUUAUAAUAACAAAUAUCUGCUUUACAUAAUCAAACAGAUUAAAUUCUUAACAGGAUAGCAGAAAUAAAAGCUAAAAAGGAAUAAAUGAAGUUUAUCAAAGAUAAUCAAGAAUAUUUACAGAAAUACAAAGAAAUAUAAAAGGAACUUUAAUAGGCUUUAAACGGUUUACUAUUUAUGAUAUUGAAAUCUGACAAAAACCCUAAUCCUUAAAUUAAUGUGAAAUAUAGCGAAUUAAGCAGUUAGUUGAGUGAAUUACUUAAAAAUUUAGAUCAAAUUUAAGGAUCUAGAACCUCAGAUGGUCACUUGAAAACAAGUUUGAUUCUAACAUUUUUAGAAGAAUACAAGUGGCUUAACUAAGAGGACAAACUUCACAAGAUGGAUUUUGAAUCAAAUAAUAAAAAACCUUAAUAAAAAAUAUAAACUUUUGCAAAUUAUAUUCAUUCUGGAAGUUAAAAUAAAUAGAGUUCUAAGUCUACAAAUAUGAAUAACUCUGGUUUGAACUUGAGCAGAUAAUAAGAACCAGUUAAUUACACACAAGUAAAUCAAACUGCAUAAUUUAUUCCUGCCAAUCCUAAAAAUAGCAAAUCAGUUGCUGCUGGAGUAAAACAAAGUACAAAAGAAAAUUUCUCUAAUCUAUAGAAUGAGAAUAGAAGAUAAAAUAAUUAAUUUAAAAACGAAAAUGCUGUCUCUUAAAGAAACAACUUAAGUCCUUGGGGAAACAAUUAAAGUUACUCUCCAUAGCCUAAUUCAUAUUUAGGGGCAAUAGAUACUACCAACUCUUAUUAUUAACAAACUCCAAUAAAAAGUAGUUUUAAUAAUAAUCUGACAGAUAGAUCUUUCACACCUAAUUAAACUUCUAGAUCAAAUUUAUCAAAGUCAUCGGUAAUGCAAAAUAAAUCAUAGAGUUCAGUUUCAAACUUUAGAUAGUAAAUCAAAUAAAAUAAGUCUGUGCAUAAUACAAGCUUUAAUAAAAGUUCAAAAAAAUUAGACUCGAAAGAGAAUAAUUUCUCAAGAAGCAUAUCUCCUAUCAUAUAUAAGAAAAGCUAGAGUCGAGCUGAAUAAGAAUAUAGCGAUUCUAAACCAAAGUAUCUAAAAUAGUAGAGCAUAUCUGGAAUAAAGAAAGGAUAACUAUCAAAUUUAAAUAGAUCAUAUAAUUUCAAAGAUUCAUCUUUUUAUUAAGAUGAUAGCAAUGCAAAAACAAGUAGAAAAUGA